AUGCCCCUUGCAGGGACUCCUGCUCCUGUUAAAAGGAAAAAAUCCACUAAACUCAUUGGGAAGCUGACACACGAAGCCAUGCCACAGGAGGUGUCCAAGCUGAACCUGGGGAAGAAGAUCAGCAUCCCCAGAGAUGUGAUGCUAGAAGAGCUUUCUCUCCUCACUAACAAAGGAUCCAAGAUGUUCAAAUUACGUCAGCUGAGGGUGGAGAAGUUCAUUUAUGAGAAUAACCCUGAUGCCUUCACCGACAAUUCUGUGGAUCACUUUCAGAAGUUCAUCCCACCAGGAGGGCACUACGGGGAAGAUGGUCAUGGCUACGGCCAUGGGCGGAUGGUAGGAGGAGUGACAGCUGGGCAGCACGGCUCCAGUAAGCAGCAGCAUCCCGCUCGGCCUGGAAGCAAAGGAGGCCCUAGGGAUGGCGAAGGGGAGCAUGGGGGGGAGUUUGCUGGAAGUGGUGGAGAAGGAGGUGGUGGUGGUACUGACAAAGAUGGAAAGUCUGGAGGCAAAAAAGUCACUAUAUUUAAAACUUACAUCUCGCCCUGGGAACGAGCAAUGGGUAUCAGCCCUGAGGACAAAAGUCAGUUCACCAUUGACUUACUGUCAUAUAGUCCCAAAGCUGAUUUCCCCCAUUACAAGUCUUUUAACCGGACUGCCAUGCCUUACGGGGGUUAUGAGAAAGCAGCCAAACGGAUGACCUUCAAAGUGCCUCAGUUUGAUAUUUGCCCCGUGCUUCCAGAAUCUCUCAUGAUCUAUAAUCAAAAUUUCAGCAACAGACCCUCCUUUAACAGAACCCCAAUACCUUGGAUGCCUUCAGGAGACUCCUCUGAGUACCAUAUUGAUGUCAAUGUGCCAAGGAGUGGUGAAACAGAAGAGCUGUGA